AAAAAGAAACAUAUUAAGUAUUAUUGAAUUUUAUAUUUAUAUAGGUUUGAGUUACGUUCACUUGUUCAUAUAUUGGAAGAUAAUAGAAAAGAAGUUUUUCGAGAGAACCAGAAUGAACUAUCGUCAUAAAAAAGUAUACAAGUAUGGAAGAAAAAGAAGUUUCAGGUAGAGAGGAUGUUAAAAACCCACUCUCCAUAUUUUUCAGAGAUAUAAGAUCAAUUUUUAAAUUGGAUGAACUUGGACAAGAAAUAGGAAGGAUUGCUCUACCUGCUGCACUAGCUUUAACAGCAGAUCCAAUUGCAUCUCUGGUUGAUACAGCAUUUAUUGGCCAUAUAGGUGCGAUUGAGCAGGCUGCUGUAGGAGUUUCAAUUGCUGUAUUCAAUCAAGCAUCUAAGAUUGCAAUAUUUCCCCUGGUCAGCGUAACAACUUCUUUUGUCGCGGAGGAAGAUGCAAUCACGAAUGCAAAUGAAGACCUUCAAGAUGACAGGUGUAUGGAGAAGAAUGAAGGAGUUGAUGCUGAAGCAUUUGAGACCGAUUCACCGUCAAAGAGUGAAAGCAAAAGCCUAAUACCUAAAAAUGAUUCUACAGAGAGUGUAUGCAAGUCCGAAAAUCUAGUUACGAGCUUUGAAAUAGUGCAAUGUAAGCCUGAAAAGAGACACAUUCCAUCCGCGUCAUCUGCAUUGAUCAUUGGUGCUGUUCUUGGCAUCAUCCAAGCAGUAUUUCUUAUCGCUGGAGCAAAGCCGUUAUUAAAAUUCAUGGGAGUCAAAACUGGCUCAUCUAUGUCGAAACCAGCACAAGAUUACCUGAGAUUGAGGUCACUUGGUGCACCAGCAGUUCUCCUCUCAUUAGCUAUGCAAGGUGUAUUUCGAGGUUUUAAAGACACGAAAACUCCACUAUUUGCUACUGUGGCUGGAGACUUGGCAAAUAUAAUUUUGGACCCUAUAUUCAUGUUCGUUUUCCAUCUCGGUGUCAGAGGUGCUGCAAUCGCUCAUGUAAUUUCUCAGUACCUAAUUUCAGUUAUACUGUUUUGGAGACUAUUGGAGAAGGUCGAUGUCGUGCCUCCUAGUCUCAAGUAUCUUCAAUUUUCUCGAUUUCUUACGAAUGGCUUCCUGUUGUUAGUGAGGGUCAUAGCGGUAACAUUCUGCGUAACAUUAGCUGCAUCGUUGGCUGCAAGGUUAGGACCAACGCAAAUGGCUGCAUUUCAGGUCUGCUUGCAGAUUUGGCUAGCUACAUCUCUUCUAGCUGACGGAUUAGCUGUCGCUGGGCAGGCGAUACUCGCAAGUGCAUUUGCUCAAAAGGAUUUCAGUAGGUGUACUGCAACAGCAUCAAGGGUGUUACAGUUGGGAGUAGUUCUAGGACUGGUACUAGCACUCGUUCUUGGAAUUGGUUUACACUACGGAGCACGAGUAUUUACAAAAGAUGUCAAUGUCCUAAACCUAAUUGGCAUUGGAAUCCCGUUUGUUGCAGCAACUCAACCGAUCAAUUGCCUGGCUUUUGUCUUCGAUGGUGUAAACUUUGGCGCGUCUGACUUUGCAUAUUCUGCAUACUCGAUGCUGACGGUGGCUCUUUUCAGCAUUAUAUUCCUUCUCAUUCUUUCAUCGAGUUAUGGAUAUAUCGGAAUUUGGGUAGCUCUAACCAUCUAUAUGAGUUUAAGAGCUUUAGCUGGCUUCGGAAGGAUAGGCACCGGGACAGGCCCUUGGAAGUUCCUCCGGAGUUGAACAUAGUUAAUCUAUAUACAUAUAUACCCAAUGUAAUUCUACAUGUAGGAUCGGGACAAGGUAGGAUGGACGUAGCCGUUAGCCCUACCUUUGUGGGAAUAUAGUAAAUUUGUAUAGUUACCUUAAAUUCCUUAUAAGGACCAAAGAAAGCAUAAGAGGGACCUUAUAGGGCAAUUUUUGUUAAAUGUUGUAUCAUAAAGUAGCAUUAUUUCAUUUAAUUCAAUCAACACUUUGUAAAUGUA